GCGGAGCGAGCGGAGCUGCUCUCGGCUCGGCUCAGCCCGGCUCGGCACCGCUGUCGGCUUUUGCUUUUGCUUUGCGUGCCCAGUUGCCGCCAGUUGGCGUCGCGAGUAGGACGCGUGUUCAUGACGAUCCGUUGGCCGAGGGAGCGUGUGUGAAACCCAGGGGCAGGGGCAAGGGUGUAAGAGGACUUUUCGAGUUGAUUUACCCUCUUAGCGUCGUAGCAGUCUCUCGUAGAACUAGUGCCAUGCAUCAGUAGACGGACCUCUUGUAGUCCUGGUUUUCGUUUGCCGAUUCAGCUUCCUUUUUUCCACAUUGUUGGCUGGAGCCCCGCUCCGUUCACGGCCGUGUAUAUGUGUUGUUUAUGUGCUUGCCUGGUCUCGCAGAAGUUGCGCUGGCUGUGUUGUGUGUUGACGGUGGCCAUUGUGCUGUGUCUGGCGGCCCUGUCACUGUUCGCCGCGUGCAGCCUGGGGCUGCUCAAGCCCCAAACUAAGUGGUGCUGCGCGUUCACCACCAAGGAUGUAACUUGUCUCGGCGACCCGCUGUACACCUGGCAGGGCGACUCGGACUCGGACUCCGCAGUCGCGCGGCUGGGGCACUUCUAGAACGCUGAAGCACGCUGAAGCAGGACAGGGCAGUGGUGCAGCCGUCAUGGGCACUGGUGACGCCUGGUGACGCAGUGACCGCGACGUCUUGACCCUCACCCUCACCACCGUGCCAUGCCUGGCUUGGUCAUCUUCCGGCGGCGAUGGAGCGUCGGCAGCGACGACCUGGUGGUCCCCGCGGCCAUCCUGUGCGUCGUGCACCUGGCAUGGCUGGGGGCGCUGGUAGCCUUGUUGACCACGACAGACAUGGACCACGAGUCGGUGUGGUGCUCGCGACAGCUGUGGCGACACUUGGUGGGCUACCUCUGCAUCCUGGGCGUGACGGUGGUGCUGGAGGCCAUGAUGGCCUUCACGGCCAUGCGCGGCGGCAUCCUGGAGGUGGAACGCCGGUCCGGCAUCAAAUACCAGCUCUACUGCAGGCUCGGUGUUUUGGUAUUUGAGCUGGUUUGGCUGAUUCUGGGCUCCGUGUGGCUCGGCUUUCAUUACUACGACUGCCCAGUGGGCCUCCCUAAAAAUGUCAUGAUGGGCAUGGUGAUGAGCAACUGGAUUGUGUUCCUGAUCGUGGUGCUGACUGUCUGGUGCUCCUACGACGCGGCGGGCCGCUCGUGGGUCAAGAUGAAGAAGUACCAGCGCUCGAUGCGCGAGGCGGAAAGUCGCUUCCAGUACAAGAGGUCGGGCUCCAGGAACCGCAACUGGCGGCAAAGAAAAGUCAUGAGAGCGUAUCAAGAGAGCUGGAAUUCUCGAUGCAGACUUUUGUUUUGCUGCAUUCAGGGCAGCGAUAGAAACAGAAAUUCAUUUACAGAAAUUGCAAGGCUUCUUUCUGAUUUUUUUCGGGACCUUGAUGUUGUUCCUUCUGAUGUAGUAGCUGGCCUGGUGCUCUUAAGAAAGUUUCAAAAAAUUGAGCGCGAGUCCAUUGUGUCUCAGCGAAAGAAUGAAACAUACGAGUUUCUUUCUGGAGUAGCAGUAACAUCACAAACGAGGUUUUUUGCUUUGCAUGAUCCUCAACAUUAUCAGCAUUUCCAAGAUGUUAUCCGUUAUAUGAAUUUUGCUCUUGGUGCCUAUGGGUGGCCAAUGUAUUUAAUGACACAUUCUGGUUGCGGAUUGUGUCAUAUUUGUUCAAAGUUAAGCUGUUGUCUUUGCAUUCCGUGUAUGAGGCAAAAAGAUACUGCUAUAAUAGUAGAAGACAACUGCUGUCGAUGUAACUACGCUGCAUUGCAAAGAAUGGUUGAAGAUGGAGAUGUAGAUGUUGUGUAUGCAACAUACCAUGUUGAUGUCGGAGAGACCCCAUUCUUUGUUUCUGUAGACUAUGGGCGCCAGAAAGUUGUUAUAAGUAUUCGCGGCACUUUAUCCAUGAAGGAUGUCAUAACUGAUCUUAAUGCCGAGUCAGAGACUCUCCCCCUGGAUCCACCAAGAGAGGACUGGAGUGGUCACAAGGGUAUGGUGCAUGCAGCUGUUUACAUCCGAGAAAAAUUAGAAAGUGAAAAUGUGCUUGUCCGCGCUUUCAAUCACUGUGCAGAGAGAGGCACUCAAGACUUCGGUCUUGUGCUGGUUGGACAUUCCUUGGGAGCAGGAGCUGCUGCAAUACUUGCAAUUAUGAUGAGGCAGCAAUAUCCCGAUCUCCAAUGUUUUGCCUAUUCCCCACCUGGAGGUUUGCUUAGCCUGCCAGCAGUGGAGUAUUCCAAACAAUUUAUUACAUCUGUUGUGGUUGGUAAAGACGUUGUGCCCAGAAUAGGAUUACAUCAGAUGGAAUCUCUUCGUGCUGAUCUCAUAAAUGCUAUUAAGCGCAGCAAAGACCCAAAGUGGAAAACCAUAAUGUGCAAUGUGUGUUGUUGCGGUUGUGCACCCAUGCCUACAUCAGCAGUUGAACUGAGUGCUGAUGACUCAAAUAUUGUUGAGUACCAGAAGGAAAAAGACAUAGCAAGAGAAGUGGCUUACCAUCCAAACGAUUCCAGCAUAGCUCUCACUGUUCACCAACCUCUAUAUCCACCAGGCCGCAUCAUUCAUGUAGUGAGACAUCACCCAAAGAAAGGAGAGCAAGUCCUAGGCAAACGUGAGCCUGUAUACCAAGCUUUGUGGGCCAACAAUACAGAUUUUGAUGAAGUAUUAAUAAGUCCCGUCAUGAUUCAAGACCACAUGCCUGAUACCGUAUUAAAUGCCCUUAAAAAGGUUAUAACAUCUGUUGGUCCCGCCAAGCCUCAACGAACAGUUUCAACAAUUACCACAUCCCCCACUUCUGGGAUUGGAACACUUUUGGAUUCUGAACGUUGCCAUCUCCUUACUGCAGGCAGCACUAAUCUUGGUUCCCCCAAGGCUCCAACUCCUCCACACCGCCUACUAUUGGAAACAAGUUUCACAUCAUUGCAAAGCCCUUGUACUGAGGUUCGCCAUGUUACUGGCAGUAUCAACUCAUCGAAUGGCAGCCAAGCAAGAUUAACGUCCUCCUCUACGGGAGGUUUCAAGUGGUCAGCUGGACCUCCUGUCCAGACUCCACCUGCUGCGCUCAGUGGCAUCCCAUGGGAGUAUUCAUCAUCUGUGGAAGGUAGACUAACCAGUCGUCCUUCAAGCAGUGGGCAUGGAACUGGGAGCCAAAAGAAAAUAGAUUUAAUUCAUGACGACUGGUUUGGGCUAGCUCCAUUAGCCACCCCAGAAAGUUUAUCUGAAGUUUCCAGUAUAAGCUCUCGCACAAGCAGUGUUCACAUUGAUCGUAAUAAGGAAUACUUCUCUAUUUGUGGUCGAGCUAAACUUGGAGCAAGUGGUAAUCAGGAUGUGGUCCUAGUUCAAGGACCUGGAGAAAGCCCUGCCUUUCCUGUCCUCCUUCACUCUAGCCCUCGCACACCCCGAGUGUUGCGUAGGACUCCCAAAAUUAAUGGAAAUCUGUCUACUGCUGCAGAAGAUGCGAGCAGCAAUCUGAAGUUUGCUAUGACAAAUAUAAAUCUUGCCUCUAUAGCUGUGCGUAGGAAUUUGCCUGUUCCUCUAGAAGACUCAAAUACACUCACAAAUUCUUCGGAAGAUGAAGAUGUUAGUUUGGAAUCAUUUUCUGGCAAUAGACCUUUAAAUCGUCCUAGUGAUGUAGAUUUACCUCUUAGAAGACCAUCACCACUCUCAAGGGUUGUUGACCAGGGUAGUUUAGAUUGCUCUGAAGUAGACUGCCAGCCUCUUUCCCCUUGUCAGGAACAAGUUACACCUAAUGAGAAUGUCCCCAUAAACUGCCAAGAACAAUUAGCUGCUGAACGAACAAAUAGCAUUAAUUUAGGAAGUCAUAAGGGGCCUAUUUGUCAAAUGUCAGCCGACUCUGGAAACUACCAAUGUGGCACUGAAAGUCUGGCUACUAGUGAAUGCUCUGGUGAUUCACUUUGUGGACCUUGGAGUACUCAUCGGCAGACGUGUUCAGAGGGUAUUAGUUCUAUAUCACCUCCAGCUAGUGCUAGCGGUGCUAGAAGUAUUGUGCCUGAUGCUCUUCCACUUUUAAAAAAUAUAGGAGUAACUGGUACUGGGGACAAUGAGUCAGUUUCUUCCUUUCUUCCUUGUCAAAAUUCAUAUCCUUCUACCCCAGUCAACAAACGGGAAAGUAGUGUUUAGAUCUUUUCUGUAUAGUAAUUCUAGCUGGCUCCAAUCCUAUGUCCUAAAUCAAUAGUUUGUUGAUAAAAAAUAGCAUUUCACUUACAAGAUGUCUGAAACUAAACCUGCUUCAUACAUAAACUUGUGACAAUAAAGAUGCUUCCUACUAUUAUUUUCCUCCAAAAUUUAAAUUGUUAACUCCAUUAGAAGGCAGCUAGAAGCAGAGCAAAUCAAAUAAAAUGAAUGUCUAAAGAAAAAAAUGAAUGGGAUCAAGACUGUUAUAAUCAAAAGCUGUUACAAAUUAUUGUUUGUAAUUUUAAAGUGAGAAAAGAUGUGGUACUUCCUAUAAAUUUAGGUAGGUUUCCAGCUUAGUUUAAGUAUUGUAGCUAAGGUAUUUAAGAGAUGCCAAAUUACAAACUGUGUUUAAAGCUAUUGAGCAAAGGGGCUGAUACUGUGUUCAUACUGGUAGUGUUGUCACCCUGUUAAUUGCUGAUGCUGAGUAAAUUCUGCCUCUAAGCAUCACAGGUUUAAUGUAAAUGUUCCAAUUAUUAGUCUAUUAUUUCUGUGCUGAAGCGACUCGAAGAUUGGAAUCUGUCCAGAGGUAUAUAAGUAAAAGUACGUAUAUUCUGAUUGUCCAUGUAUUUCUCAGGUGCUUUUGAGACCAAGUUUUCCAACGAGCCACUUAACUUAGACUGACACAAUUUUUCGAGGUCAUUAUGCCAUGAGAUUUAAGAGCUGCCUUCAAUGUUGAACCUCAUGGAGACCAAUAGUUUCUAGUAUUUUCAUUCAUACUUAUGCUGUUAUUUUGUAGUUACUUUUUAGCUCACUGACUAGCAAUAUUAAACUCUAUCCCAUCUAAAUGCAAUUAAUGUAGUCAUAAAUUUUUAAAAAUUCAAAACUGAAUUAUUUUUCUUGUUUUCAUUAACUUUUGUUAGGAUGGUGUCUUGUGCUGGUACUAAUAAUGUGCCACAGAGUUUACCUUUUUUUUAUUUUUGUAAAAGUAAAAUGUAUUACUAGAGAAAUUAAGAAUAUAACAUAACUUCAGUAAGGUUGGUGAUGUGGAACACACAUUGGAUUAACUGUGUAAUGAGUGCAUGAGUAGUAGUCCUCUUACUAAUGUUAGAACGGAACAUUUGGAGUGCACACAACUUGAGCUUUGGAUUUCCUUACUAAGAUUCAUCGCAAUCUUUCUCUCUCGUAAUGUUUAGUGAUUGUUUGAACUUGCUCGCCUAUCAGGCAAACCUACAGCUUGGAUACUUACCCAUCAAGUAGGGUGUUAUCAAGUCACUUCUUGCUUUUAUUUGCGUUUUUAUAAUUCUCUUCAUACUGCACCUUUCGGCUCCCAGCCAUUGGUCUUGCCCUCAAUUUCCUAUUAGGUGUUAAGUUUUAACUGAUGGCUCUACUCAGGGAUGACUUUGGCUUUGUUCUUGUUUGCCUGUAGUCUGUUAGAAGUAGUGUUUCCAUCAGUGGCUAUCUUGUGACACAAUUGACAUUCCCUUGUUGUUCCAGCAAGGUGUUUGCCUUAAUUGGAUGGUGUACUUGUAAUGAUCGGUGUAUGCAUGUGAUUUUUGUGAGGUGUAGCUAUGUUGAACUUCACAUUUGUAUCUUAUCUUUGUUAGGGCUAAUAUUGUGUCUACUGUAAAGUAGGCCGAUUUUCUGUGAUUCCUUAGUAAGCUAAGUAGGUAAACGCUCAUGCUUUGCUAUAAUGUGAAAGUGUUCUACAAGUAGGAUCAAAACCAGCCUUAAAUUUUGUAAAUUUUUUUUAUCAGUAAUUUUUAGAUAUUUUCGUCUUGUUAUCAGGGCAUAUCUUUGGAAAUAAAUCUUGUUUGUAUCUAUGUUGAAGUAAUAGAACUUAACUAACCGAUUGUUAAAUCUUAUCCAAAUUGUGGUUUGGUUUAAUUUUAACUGGUUGUAUGCUUUGUAUUGUUGUCAAAGAGUCCAAUUUUGUACUUGUGACAAUACUUUCACAUCGCUCAAAGCUAAAGCAUGAUUGUUAGAUCCAUGCAAUGAGCUAUUUGGAUGACCCAUUAUUGGCAUGCACUAUGAAUUGGACAAUUUUGCUCUGUUAUUUUGUGUGCUUUGGUAAGGUCUUCAAAAUACUAAAGGGUAUUUUAUGUUUGUGAUAAUAGAGUCCAGUUUAUAUAGUGCCAGUCAAUAAUGUUCUUUGAGAUCUCAUGUAUUGAAAUAUAUAAAGCAAAGUUUAUCAUUUA